AUGUCGAAACUAUCGGACCACCAGGCCUACGACCUUCUGGGUCAUGAAAUUCGAGUCGUGCUGGAUACAGGGGACUCUAGAAAAGAUGCAACGACUUCUGGGCGAUUGAUGACUCGAGAUCCAGUUUGCCAGGCGUUGGUUCUUGCGAAAAUUGAAGAAAAAAACGGCACAAUCGAAACAAUCGAAUGGAUUCCCAGUUGCUCUGUGAAAUCCGUCGAAUCGAUUAGCGAGCCGACCCAGGAAAUCAAUGAAGAAAUCGAUCGAUAUUUUGCGGAGGAAGUGGGCGGAGCCAACGAGUCGGAUGAGGAUAUUCAGAAGAGGUGUGAAUUAUUGACAUGCCUCAAAGUGGUCAACUACCUAAAAUCCCAUCACCUCGACGUCGUCGAGAAUCCAAACGGCACAUGGAUCAUCGGUCAAUGUGUUCGCUUCGAAGCCCCCUACCACGUGGCAAAUCUCUAUUGUGACCAGCCGAUAGUACUCAAAAGGAUCACAAAACUUCUCGAAGGAAUUCAAUAA